UCUAUGUCGCGGGCGGCGGCGGCCGGCGGGGACGAUGCGCGAGUACAAAGUGGUGGUGCUGGGCUCGGGCGGGGUCGGCAAGUCCGCCCUGACCGUGCAGUUCGUGACCGGCACGUUCAUCGAGAAGUACGACCCCACGAUCGAGGACUUCUACCGCAAGGAGAUCGAGGUGGACUCGUCGCCGUCGGUGCUGGAGAUCCUGGACACGGCGGGCACCGAGCAGUUCGCGUCCAUGCGGGACCUGUACAUCAAGAACGGCCAGGGCUUCAUCCUGGUGUACAGCCUGGUCAACCAGCAGAGCUUCCAGGACAUCAAGCCCAUGCGGGACCAGAUCAUCCGCGUCAAGCGGUACGAGAAGGUGCCAGUCAUCUUGGUGGGGAACAAAGUGGACCUGGAAAGCGAGCGAGAGGUGUCGUCCAGUGAAGGCAGAGCCCUCGCUGAAGAGUGGGGCUGCCCCUUUAUGGAGACUUCUGCCAAGAGUAAAACCAUGGUGGACGAACUCUUUGCGGAAAUCGUGAGGCAGAUGAACUAUGCUGCGCAGCCUGACAAAGACGACCCUUGCUGUUCUGCAUGUAACAUACAAUAGCAUUUGAAUACAGCUGCCCUGGCUGGGGUUAGCUCACGACGAGGCGAUGCAAACCUCGCCCCCUCGACUGUGGAGUUUGCAGGGUUCGUGGUGUGAAUCUGCAAAGAAUAGAGCCCUUCUUCAGAACUGAGCAUGACUGUCCGUUGCUGUCUCUGAGCAACUUUUGGGUUCAGUAACCACAGUUUCCACCAUUGUCCUCAGUCUCUCUUAAUGCACCUGCAACUUGAAGGCUUGGCCCGUCGAUCUACAGGGUUAUCUCCUCUGAAGCUGUGAGGGCCUUGGCGCAGAAUAGACAGAAGCAACUAUUGCCUAAGUUCAAAAUAAUCCUGAGAGAGAAACCGGAAGAAUUGUUAUGAACACUUACAAUUAGAAUAUUUUGUUGUCUUUAAAAAAUUAAUAAUAAGUAAAGGAGAAAUAUUUUCCUACAAGAAUACUGAAUUCAGGAACUGAGAUAGUGCUUCUAACCAAUGUUUUCCGUCAAGUGAGGCGAGAAGAGCCGACCUGCCAGCAGCAUCACAGGGAGAGAUUUUUUGCUCAGCUGACACAUUUCUGUUUCUCAAAAUCGAUGCUUACUUGUAGAUGUGAUCAUCACUUUGAUGGGGACUAACUCAUGUUCCACUCCGAGCAGGUUGGGUGAAAAAGCAGUCUGGUGUCAGGUGUGCUAGCUCACCUGCUUUGCCACAGAAAACGGAGGCUCGCACAGGGUUUGCUCUGAAUUCAAGCCCCAAACCCACCCUCUGUUCACCAAGCAGGGAUGGUCUUUGUGUUACUUUACUGAACAAGAAGGAAGCAACUGUGAUGAAGAGAUUGCCUAGCCUUACUAUGAGAAUGGUCUAGUGGGUGAACCAGCACCAUCAUGUAAGGAAAAUGAAGCCAUGUUGCAUCCACAUGUUCCCAUUUGCAGAAACCUCCCAGGACAGUGCAAAUAUCUUGCAUUUUUAAGUUGGUGAAAGCAGCAAAUUCCUUCUUGCCUUUAAGGGCUAUGGUUGUGGUGUGAUUUCUGCUUUCGAAAUCAAGUUUGCUGUGACAGAGCUUUAUGACAAGCAUUUAAAAAAUUGAAUAACCAUGCGAAAUAAUUUGGGCUGAAGAGUAGAACACAGAUUAUAGAGUGGAAGGUAAGGGACAAAAAAAAAAAAAAAAAAAGAAAAGAAAGAAAGAAAAGAAAGCACCAACCUUUUAUCUUUAAUUUUCCUGAGAAUUAUAUAGAGAUUUUCUUACAACAAUUUUGCCCUGAUUACUGAAGUGGCAAAUAAAGCUAGAGUGAAUAUUUUGCUUUGAAAAGGUGCUCAAGCUCUGACACUUUUGGUUUUUGCAGCCGUGAAGUAUUUAUCAUUUGCAUGACUAAUGGCACAGGAAAAACCUAUUCCUAAGUUUUACAAUCCAGUGUAGAAGGGUCUGCAGCCAACUUCCGAGUUGGGAAGGUUGCAGAGAGGGUCUUGCGCCUUCAGAACUGCAGCGGCACUGAGGCUGUGCUCUACACACCACCCCACAUUCUAUUGGCUCACACUCUUGUACAAGCAGCCUCCAGUCUUGCGUGUGUAACCGAGAGAAGUGUGCGUGUUUGUGCGUGCAUGUGUGUUUAUUGUUCCUAAGAAUUUGGCACAAGUCCGGAGCUCAUCGCCUGUAAGGAGAAUCUGUACUGCAGAAUGUAGUGUAUCAAAGCGUUUCUUUUCCUUUAUUUCAGUGUUUUAUAUACAUGAUUGAAAUCAUUGGUAGCCCCCAAGUGUUUGGUAAACCUGCGUCAAGUUUAGAGGAUAGAAAAAAAAAGGUGGCUUGUACUUUUUCAUAGAUGAGAAAAGAGACAGGUGGGUAAAGCCAGUGGUUGUCCAGCGUCUUUGAAUUGUUAAUAUUUACAUCCUUCAGCAUAGAUUUUGAAAUCGGUCCCCAGUUACGGUGCACCUUGGUUAUGGGAGAGAACGCCCUAACCAGUUUGAUUGAAACAGAUUUCAUUAUGUAAAAAUUGAUUCAACUUGGACUUAUGGAGAAAUCAGAUUCAAGAAAUGUGAUUUAGCUACUGAAAUAUAUUUGUCAGUGAAUUUGGUUGAGUUUUGAAGCCUCUAUCAUAUCAGAAUGAUGCUGGGUUUUUUUUUUUUAUUCCAUACUUCACAGAAAUUUAUGACAACUAAGAUUACAUAUGUAGAAACAUCUGUAAAGAUUCUACAUUUUAACAUCCAGGAUCGCUAUGCAGACAAGAAAAAUAAGUUCAUUAGUAAGAAAGGUGUGGCAAAACGUAGGUGGAAAAGAUUACCUGCAGCGUUGGGUUUUCAUGAGAAGUGUUUGUGUCAGACAAUGGUGGGGGUGACUUUUCCUGGAAAGGUGCGAAUAGCAGCCAGUCGGGCCACCUCAGCAGUCUCCCCACACCACCCUGCAUAUUCAGGGCCAAAUGGCAAAGACACCCAGAAACCAGAACCGCGGGGAUCCUCUUGUGCUCUUCCUGUGGGGAUUUCACCUGGUCUGAAUGUAAUUCAGUUAGAAGCAAAGCGUUUGUUGAGAUGUUCAUCCCAAGUUUCAGAACAGGAAGACUCAGUGUGUGGGCACUGGAAGUAAGAGCCGCUGCCCGGGAAAGCGGUGACCUUGUCGCUCGUGCACCCUGGUCAGUCUAGAAACUCUAGAGAAGUGAAAGUUUUCUAACAUGCCUUAAAAAUGUUAUGGUUUGAUCCAAAGACCCACUUUUUCUUUAGCUCUUGUGAUAAGGUUUCUUUCAUUUUUGUUUUGUCUUGUUUUGCUCUCAAACAAAGGCAGCAUUUUUUGUUGGUUUUGGGGGUUUUUUUUUGUUUGUUUGUUUAUCAUUUUUUUUUAUCUUGGCAACUCUUGGUUUCCUUUCAGCCCUGAGAGUGAUGGUAACUGAUGCCUUUUAUUUUGCUCAACUUUCACGAAACAAGCCAGCAUUGGAUCACAAAGAUUACAUCAGAUCUUCCUGACACUCUUGGAAGGUGCCGUGAUGGUUUUCUCCUGUGGCUUAUAGAUGUAGGACUGAACUUUCAUCUCUAAUCGCUGUGGUCACUCUCUUUUCGGUGGUAAAACUACUGAUAUUUGCUUUUCUAUAUAAAGAAAUGCUGCCUCAGGAUGUCUGCUCUUUGUCUUCGAGAGUUUUCCAGCGGGAAUGUUGUGUGUGUGUGUGUGUGUGUGUGUGUGAGAGAGAGAGAGAGAGAGAGAGAGAGAGAGAGAGAAGGGAAACACAUAUUUGGUUUGUGGCUAUUGGUUUUUUGGUUCAUUUUGCAUUUUCUCCUUCUCAAUAGUCUUAUGUUAGCACUGGAUAAGCUUUAAUUGUCUUCUUAGCCAAUCCAACGUUAAAGACUCUGGGGGUCUUUUUCUUUUCUUUUUUAAUUAAUGUGUCAUCGUGCAUCUAUUAAAUCUUGAUCAGGAUUUCAAGAAUGACCGCAGCAGUGGGUUUUGGAAACAGACUUAUCAUUAUUGAUUUGGGGUUUCCCAGAGAUAAAUAUAGUUCACAGUUAAUUGUUGAGCUCUAAUACAACUGACCAUUGAAAAUUGAACAACAGUUUAUUGUUUUGUAACAAUGUCAGUUGUUAAACCUUGACAUUUCAAUUAAAACAUGAAUUGUGGUUAUAACUCAAUGCAAAUUCAACAGUUGUAUUUGGAGUUAAAUUAUUUUAACAAAUAAAUUUAUUUAAUGAAACUUCCUC